AUGGAUAAACAUCGUAGGCUUACCAGCCUUGUCGGCGCCGCAGGUGCGUGCAAAAGACUCUUGAAUACUCCUCUGCUGAGCUUCAAACUGACGCCGGUGCACACAGCACGUCCCCCGUUGCCGGCUCGACUUGAUGGAUGUAAGUCCAAGAUCGAGGAGCUCAUGCGCAUCGCCGGCACCGCGGGGCUCUCCUUUGGCGUCUACCGACAGGGAGAGCCUGCCUACUUUGCCAACUUCGGUCAUCACAACGUCGAGGAGAAAUCACCUGUCGAUGAGGAAACCAUCUUUCCGGGGUGCUCCCUCACCAAGAUGUUCGUCGCCAUGGCCCUCGGCCGCGCUGUCGACGAAGGUAAGCUUGCCUGGGACACUCGUGUCAAGGAUCUGCUCCCCGAUUUUGACAUCGACAAUCGAGUCCUCAGAGAGUCCAUGACCGUCACUGACAUUCUGGCCCACCGUACCGGAAUGUCCAUCGCCGACUUCUACCUCGGCAGCGAAAACAACAUUGUCAUCUCUCACGACGACAGCCUCAAGUUUAUCAACGACCAAGUUCCUAUCAAGCCCUUUCGCCAGGAGUUUCGGUACAACAAUCUUGGUUACGAGCUUGCUGGUCUCAUUCUUGAUCAAGUCUCAGGCUCUUGGGUUGAUGCUGUUCACAACGCUUUCUUCGACCCUUUCGGCAUGAAGCGAACAUACAUUGGUCGCCCGCCCAGCCAUGUGGAAAACGUUUCUAGGGCCUACAACACCCUCGAAAAUGCCACAUCAGUCGAGAUCCCCACCGUCAAGUCCGGAAGAGGCACAUUUGGAGGUUCCAGUGGAGGCAUCUUCACUUGCGUCGCUGAUCUCUUGAAGGCUUACGCCGCCGUGAUGGAUGCGGUUACGGACCAGUUCUCGACUGCAGUGGCCUCAACCCCCUCCUCCCAGAUCAAGCUCGCCCAAGAUCUCUUCUCUGCCAAGAUACCCAUGGCUCAGCUGACAUACCAGGAAGCCUCUUAUGGGUUUGGGCUCGCCCGUGUGCAACUCCCAGGCCCGAUGGGUCAUAUCGGAAUGAACCCCGGUCUUAUCGACGGCCAAAUGCCCACUGUCGCCAAAGGAGUCGGAUCGACACUUGCUUUCUACCACCAGGGUAGCCUGCCUGGGGCAUUAUCCGCCAUUGCCAUGGUUCCUGAGCACAGGACAGCUGUUGUUGUCAUGACGAACUCGCUCUCCCUCAAUGAUUGCCCGGACUGGGUUUUGCAGUUGCUUCUGGAGGAGAUCCUCGAUGCUCCCAACCGUAAUGAUUAUGUGAAGCUGUCAAAGGAGUCCGCGGAGAAGUCUUUACAGUGGUUCAAGGACACAUCGGCAGCCCUCGACAAGGAGCGCAUCAAUAACACUUCUCCCAAGCCUCUGGAAGCCUAUGUUGGCACGUACUGGAACAAGAAGCACUACCUGAGGAUUGAUGUCACGCUGGAUGAUGGUGAGCUUUCUUGGGCUUUGCAGGGCCUGGAGUCAGAAAAGUUCAAGCUCGAUCAUUACGAAAACGACACGUUCCUGUGGCUCAGAUCUCGUGAUUACAUGGCCUCUAGAGGUCGGUGGGUUGAUCAGCCGCCUGUGUUUUGGAAGUUGACCUUCAGGGAAUCUAAGGAUGGCAGCAUUUCAUCGCUGAACUGGGUUCAUGACCCGGACGUCCUUGAUGGGGAGGAGUACUACAAGGAGGGCAAGUACGUAGCAAAAGUCUGA